UAGCUAUAUAACAUGAGCUAGAACGCUUCUGAUUACAAAGCAGAGAAAUUGACUUUUUUUCUUAGUGUUUUCUACAGUCAUUGCUCUAUCCUUGUUCUAGAAUUCAUAUCAUGAUAAGAAUUUCUUGACGUUGACUUCUUGCAUUGCUUUCAGACAUUGCAAUUAAAGAAUGCAAAGAAAGAACUUCACAGAAGUAGCAGAGUUUGUUUUCGUGGGAUUCUCCAGAUUCUACAAACAUCAGAUCACUCUCUUUGUGGUUUUUCUCAUCAUGUACACAUUAACCGUGGCUGGCAAUGCCAUCAUCGUGACCAUCAUCCACUUUGACCGUCACCUCCACACUCCCAUGUACUUCUUCCUGAGCAUGCUGGCUAGCUCUGAGAGAGUGUACACACUGGUCAUCAUUCCACAGAUGCUCUCGAGCCUGGUAGCCCAGACCCAGCCAAUCUCUCUAGCAGGUUGUACUACCCAACUGUUCUUCUUUGUUACCUUGGCCAUCAACAAUUACUUCUUGCUCACAGUGAUGGGCUAUGACCACUAUGUGGCCAUCUGCAAUCCCCCGAGAUACAUGGUCAUCAUGAGCAUGAGGGUGUGUGUCCAGCUGGUGUGUGGAGCCUUUAGCAUUGGGCUGGCCAUGGUAGCUGUCCAGGUAACAUCCAUAUAUCUGACCUUUUGUCUCAGGGUGGUUGGUCAUUUCUUCUGUGACAUCCUCCCUGCCAUGAAACUCUCCUGUAUUAAUACCACUAUCAAUGAGAUAAUCAAUUUUGUUGUCAGUUUAUUUGUCAUCCUGGUCCCCAUGGGUCUGGUCUUCAUCUCCUAUGUCCUCAUCAUCUCCACUAUCCUCAAGAUUGCCUCAACUGAGGGCUGGAAGAAGACGUUUGUCACCUGUGCUUCCCACCUCACUGUGGUCAUUGUCCAUUAUGGCUGUGCCUCCAUUGCCUACCUCAAGCCCAAGUCAGAAAACUCUACAGAACAAGACCUCCUUCUGUCAGUGACCUACACCAUCGUCGCUCCCCUGCUGAACCCUGUUGUUUACAGCCUAAGGAACAAGGAGGUCAAGGAUGCCCUAUGCAGGGGCAUGGGCAGAAACAUUUCUUAA